AUGUCAAGUACUAUCGACUUGACAAAACCUAGAUAUCCUCAAGAUACAUACUGGGGUAGAAUCAGACAUUUUAUAGAUGUUACUGAUCCAAGAACGUUGUUUGUCUCUUCCUCUGAGCUCGAGAAAUGUAAGCAACUGUUAGCAAACACAUCGCAACAUGACAAGAUGGACCCAGAGAAACUUUGGAAGGCAAAAAAAGUCGUGGACUCGACUAUCCAUCCAGACACUGGUGAAGCCGUAUUCUUGCCAUUUAGAAUGUCGUGCUUUGUACCUACCAACAUGGUUUUGGUAGCAGGUAUGCUAUUACCUAAUCCAAGCAUCAAGAGCAUAUUGUUUUGGCAAUGGGCCAAUCAAAGUGUCAAUGUCGCCUUCAAUUCUGCAAAUGCCAACAAGACGACACCGAUGAGUCUCAAGGAAACUGGCAUUGCCUAUGUAUCUGCUGUCACUACAUCUUGUGCCAUUGCUGUCGGGUUGAAUCAGUCCGUUCCCAAGCUCAAGGUCUCUCCUACGAUCAAAUCACUCUGUAUGAAGCUUGUCCCUUUUACAGCAGUUGCUGCUGCAGGCACAGUCAAUGUCUUUUUGAUGAGAGGAAAAGAGAUCCGUGAUGGUAUCGAUGUGUUUACAAAGGAAGGGCAAUCUGUGGGUAAAUCCAAAGAAGCUGGCUUCUCUGCUGUGUCUCAAGUGGCAAUUUCUCGCAUCUUGACAAAUGCUCCCGUCUUGAUUCUGCCUCCUGUCAUUCUUGGUCGUCUUGAAAAGACUGAUUUCGUCAAACAAAGACCCAAGUUGAUUAUCCCGCUUAAUUUCGGUUUGAUUGCGCUCUCGUUAAUGACAGCUUUACCUGCUGCUAUUGCUGUAUUCCCUCAAAUCGGUGAAUUACAAACGGCCAAUAUGGAAAAGGAGUUCCAAGAUCUUAAAGAUAUGGAUGGCAAGCCUAUCACAAAAUUGUAUUUCAAUAAAGGUUUAUAG